GGAGAGAUAGCUCGGUCGCGGUGCAUGCGCGGUGGCUCUAGUUCGGUAGCGGACAAACAUGGCGGGCCCGACGUUGACUGCGAGGUUGUACUCCCUGCUGUUCCGCAGGACCUCUACCUUUGCCCUCACCAUAGCCGUGGGCGCCCUGUUCUUCGAGCGCGCCUUCGAUCAAGGCGCGGACGCAAUCUACGAACACAUCAACGAAGGGAAGCUAUGGAAACACAUCAAGCACAAGUAUGAGAACAAGGCGUAGUUCCUCGGAGGCCCCAGUCCAGGCCAGAAGGACCAGGUCCAGCCACCAGCUGUUUGCCCAGACUCAGGGCCUCAGCUUGAAGAUGAAGCUCAUGUCACUCUACACGGGCCACCUUUAGCUGUUGGCAGAUGACGUCACCUGACAGACUCUUUAACUUCUGCUAUGUUUGAAGUAUGUUUAGUCAGAGUCAUCAACAAAUAAAUGUAAAUUGUCCUUGA